CCGCCGUGCCUUGCGGGACGUUCCGGUGCAACGUGACUGGGAAGUGCCUCCCCCGCGGCUGGGUCUGCGACGGCGAGGCAGACUGUGGCGCGGGGGACACGUCCGACGAGGAUAAUGACACGUGUAAAAAGGGCAAUACCUGCCCAUUAAAUUAUUUUAAAUGCAAGGAUGAAAUAAACUGCAUACUCACGAAGAGAGUGUGUGAUGGAGCAAUAGACUGUCACGAUAAGAGCGAUGAGGGAGAUUUUUGUAAUGAUACUGGUCAAUGUCAGUCAAUAGAGUGCAAGCAUGGGUGCAAGCCAACAAGCAGAGGGCCCCAGUGUUUUUGUCCGUUGGGCCAACAACCGAAUGGAUCUCAAUGCGUAGACUCCAAUGAGUGUGAGGUUGAGGGCUCAUGUGACCAGCUCUGCACUAACUUGGAGGAUGGAUUUGAGUGUUCUUGUACUAAGGGCUAUAGAUUAGAAGAUGUAUCACAUUGCAGAGCUAUAAACAAACCUCCUGAGCAGCCAGCCACCCUUCUCUAUGCCAGCAACUCUGGUCUGGCAAGAUUGUACCUGAAUGGCUCUACUGUGACAGGAAACACUCGCAUUAGUUCGCAAUAUGCUGUUACUGUUAACUUUGAUCAUCGUAAUAAUUCAGUUUGUUGGGUGAGUUCCAACACAUCGUAUUCAAUAUUUAAGUGUGCUUCUGCUGACAACUUUAACCAUGCAUGGAUAAUACCUCAUCCCACUCAGCAUGGCCUUAACCAUGUCCAUGACAUUGCAAGAGACUGGAUUACAGGGAACUGGUAUAUCCUUGACAGAAGAGAAAUGAUCUUCAUGUGCAAUGAAUCCAUGAACAUUUGUAUAACACUCAUAGAUGUUGUUAUGAAUGAACCAAGAGGCAUUGCUCUUGAUCCGAGUGCAGGGUUAAUGUUCUUUUCAAACUGGGGCACAACAGAACCGAAAUUGGAGAGAGCACUGAUGGAUGGGACGGAAAGGCAGCCCAUUGUGAUAAACAAAAUUGUGUAUCCCUUUGGAGUAACUGUUGAUUACCCAAAUAAACAUGUUUAUUGGGUGGAUGGCUACUUGAGUCAUGUUGAAAGAGUCGACUACAAUGGGGAGAACAGAAGAAUAAUAAUCAAGCUGAAAACGGAUGAAAGACCAUUUGGCAUCUCAGUCUUUGAGAAUUCUCUCUUUGUAACAAGCUGGAAGGACAAUAGCAUCAAAGUGGUCAAUAGGUUCAACAACCACAACGUUACUACUUUCCACACUGACAUACCUGAGCCAAUGCACGUUCACGUCUUUCAUCGCCAACGACAGCCAGAAGUGCAUCAUCCCUGUGGUAUCUCCAAUGGUGGCUGCCAGCACAUAUGUAUCCCUUUGUGGAGGAAAGGUCAGGCUGUAGCUUCUUGCCACUGUCAGCCAGGACACAUUCUUGGCCCUGGGGGCUCCUGUGUAGCACGUCAGCAUGAAGCCUUCCUGAUCUAUGCAAAAGGUCGGCCGGGAAUGAUCAAAGGCGUUGCGCUAGAUGAAGUGGGGUCGUCUCAGGUCAUGGUGCCCAUCACUUCCCUGACAAGACCUACAACCCUGGACUACGACGUCCGGACACAGUUUAUUUACUAUGCUGAUAUCCAAAGAUUUGUGAUAGAGAGGCAGAGCCUUGAUGGAACCAAAAAAGAAUCUGUCGUCACCUCCGCUCUACUAAAUGUUGAAGGGCUGGCUGUGGACUGGAUGGGACGUAAUAUAUACUGGACAGAUGAGGGAGUAUCUUCAAUAUUUGUGUGUUCAAUGAGGAAUCCAGAAAAACGGAAAAUGUUGCUUCAUGGGAAUUUAACAAAUGCCAGAGCCAUAGUUCUGAAUCCAGCAGAAGGUUAUAUGUACUGGACUGUGUGGCAGUUUACCAUCUCUGGUGUCCCUCCUGGUGGGGACGGAUUAAUUGAACGAGCAUGGAUGGAUGGUACACACAGGGAACCAUUUGUAACAUCAGGAUUGCAGUGGCCCAAUGGUCUGACGAUAGACUUUAAUGAGCGAUAUCUCUAUUGGUGUGAUGGUUUCCAUAACAGAAUUGAAAGGAUUGGACUUGAUGGGAAUCACAGAGAGGUUAUGUUACGAGGUGAUGUUUUGAACCAUCCUUAUGGAUUGGCUUUCCACAAUGGCUUUAUAUACUGGUCAGAGUUCCAGAAUGGCACGAUCAAGAGAGUCAGUCUAGACAAGCGCUAUUCUCCUGUUGAAUUAAGGGUUGAAAACCCCUAUAUAUUUGAUCUGAAAGUUUUCUCUAAUACUAGUCAAAGUGAUAGUAAUGAGUGCACAGACAAUAGUCUCAUGUGUGACGAUCUCUGCUUAUCAACACCAGAAGGACCUCUUUGUGCUUGUGCCACAGGUUUUGAGCCUAGUUACGUGAAAAAAAAUCUCUGCACACCUAUCACUAACUUCACACAGCCAAGUUUGUGUAGUGAAACCCAGUUUCAGUGCAAAAAGAAUUUGAGAUGCAUAGACGAGAGAUAUCUGUGUGAUGGCGACAAUGACUGUUUAGACAACAGUGAUGAAGACAAAUCUCCUGGUGGAGUGUGUGAAGCUGCCCAGUGCCAUGAAGACAUGUUUCAGUGUGGAAACAACCAGUGCAUUGAUGCUUACUGGGUGUGUGAUGGUGACCGGGACUGCGAGGAUGGAUCUGAUGAGAGCCCAGAGGACUGCAGUCACCCGCACUGUCCACCUGACAAAUUUCGAUGUCGUGUUUCUGGACGUUGCAUAGCCCAGGCCUGGGUUUGUGAUAUUGAUGAAGACUGCGGUCCAGGUGACACCUCGGAUGAACACUCUGCUUGCAAAUAUCAAGAGUGUGGUAUAGAAGAUUUCAAGUGUGCAAACCAGAAAUGUGUUCCCAUGUUUUAUGUAUGUGAUGGAGAUGAUGACUGUAGGGAUGGAAGUGACGAGAAGUUCUGCGACACUUUUUGCGCUAAUGCCACUGCCACUGGCCUUGCUACUCCACCUUUCUGCAAUAACCUUUGCCCCAAUAUUAAGGAUAAGACACUGUGCCAGGAGACUCAAGGCUGUAUCUAUUGUAAUGCAAAUGAUACAUGUCUAGCCAUCUUCCAACUUUGUGAUGGAACACAAGACUGUCCUGAUGGAAGUGAUGAAGCUAAUUGUGCUGACAGGAUCUUGCAAGGUUGUGGUCCUGAUGAAUACAUGUGUAUUAGGACCAGAGAGUGUAUUCCCCAGAAUCUCAAGUGUGACGGAAGUGAAGAUUGCCUUGAUAAGUCAGAUGAAAUUGGAUGCGAUACGAUUGAAUGCUCCCGCAGUGAGUGGAAAUGUGCCUCUGGAAAUGAGUGCAUUCCAGACAUGUGGAAGUGUGAUCAACAGAAUGAUUGCACAGACAAAUCUGAUGAAAAAGACUGCCCAGGAGUUCCAUUAGUGUGUCCGGUUCCUGGCCAUUUAUGUGAUAAUGGUUCUGUGUGCUUACAGCCAGUUGAACUUUGUGAUGGCCACAGACAUUGUGAGGAUGGUUCUGAUGAAGGCGGUCGAUGUGGUGCUCAUGAUUGUGAACUGAUGGACUGUCAUGAAGACUGCAAGCAAGGCCCAGGUGGACCAAUAUGUGUAUGUCCUGAGGGGCAGACUCUCUUGCCUGAUGGCCGUAUGUGCUCUCACCUCCACCCCUGUGAACGGUGGGGGACAUGUUCACAGCUGUGCACACCGACUAAGCAUGGACACAAAUGUUCCUGCUUAGAUGGGUAUGGAUUAGAACCUGAUGGUUUUACAUGCAAGAGUACAGAUGCUGCCAUUCCAUACCUCAUCUUCAGCAACCGCCAUGAGCUUCGAAGCAUAAAUCUCAAGAAUGGCAUGGAGGUCAAAGCUCUUAUUUCUUCCUUGAAGAACACCAUAGCUCUUGACUUUUUCCAUUCUGAUGAUGGAGAUGUUAUUUUCUGGACGGAUGUUUUGGAUGAUAAGAUUUACAGGGGUACUAUGCUAGCUGGAGCUUUGUCAAAUAUUGAAGUGGUGGUGCAAACCGGCCUCGCAACGGCAGAAGGCCUUGCUGUUGACUGGAUAGGAGAAAACCUGUACUGGGUGGAGAGUAACCUCAACCAGAUUGAAGUUGCCAAACUAAAUGGAUCAUAUCGUCGCACGCUCGUCACGUCACGCAUGGAAAGUCCACGGUCCAUUUCCCUAGAUCCUAGAGAUGGGAUAAUGUUUUGGACUGAUUGGGAGAAAAGCAAAGCCAGGAUUGAAUCAUGCAGUAUGUCAGGGGAAGGCAGACGUGUCGUUAUCAUGGUGAGUGAGCUACCUGGCAGCGGCUGGCCAAAUGGACUCACUCUGGACUAUGCUCUGAGACGUAUCUUUUGGAUUGACGCCAAAUCGGACUCCAUCCAUACAUCCAAAUAUGAUGGCUCAGACCACAGAGAGAUUCUCCGAGAGCAUCGACUACUUUCUCAUCCUUUUGCGAUCUCAUUAUUUGAAAACUAUUUAUACUGGACAGAUUGGAGAACAAACUGUGUAAUUAGGGCAAAUAAAUUCAAUGGAUCUGAUAUCUAUGACAUUCAGCGUACAAUCACCCAACCCUUUGACAUCAAAGUCCUUCAUCCUAGUCGACAACCAAGAGAUACCGAGAAUCCAUGCAAAAAUAAUAAUGGAGGAUGUUCUCAUUUAUGCCUAUUAAGUUUUAACGGUACACAUCAAUGUAACUGCCCUCACAUCAUGAGUCUUGGUGCGGACAACAAGACCUGCAUACGUAAUGAAAAAGUGCUUCUGUUCUCUCGUCCCAAUGAAAUCAGAGGAGUAGACCUAGAUAAACCGCUGCUAGAUAUAAUUCCUCGUAUCUCCUUGCCAAAAGUUCGGCAUGCUACUCAGGUAGAAUUUGAUGCUGAGAGCAAAAUGAUAUACUGGGCUGACAGGACCAUGAAUGAAGUCAAGAGAGCCAGUUUAUCUGGAGUCCCUAUUGAAACAGUAAUUGACACUGCACUGGAAUCGCCAAAAGGUUUUGCAGUGGACUGGCUCUCCAAGAACUUGUUCAUCACAACUGAAACACGUAAUUUAAAGCAAAUCAAAGUUGCAUCUUUGAAUGGGGAAUUUUUGAUGCCAAUUAUAUCCAAGGGCCUGUCUGAUCCUGUAUCUCUUGCAGUAGACCCUUCACAGGGAAAAAUAUUUUGGGCUGAUGUUGGUGGCAAUCACACAGUGAACAUGGCAACGAUGACUGGUGAGGAUAUUACCGUGUUAUCAUCACAGGCUCAAAAUGAAAAAUUAUCAGAUCCCCAAAGCCUUAUGUAUGACCCUCCUAGUCAACGUUUAUAUUGGGUCAAUGCUGGAUCUUACAGCAUUCAAUACUAUGAUUUUGUGAGUGAAAGUGUACAAGAUUUAUUAGUUGGUGGAAAUGAUACCAUGCCAGAAGCACUAACUGUAUAUUUAGAUCAUGUUUUUUAUGGAAAUGCUGCUGACAAUAGCAUCUACAAAGUGAAUAAAAAUAAUGGAGAAGAUCCAGAAGUAAUACACUCUGGUCUUGGGAACUUUUAUUCUCUGAAAAUAUACGAUGAAUCUAUUCAAGAUGGUAGCAAUGCUUGUUCCCAGGAUAGCCGACCAUGUGCACAUCUGUGCUUGCCAAAGAAUCGUGUAGAGAGAGAGUGCCGUUGUGCUGUGGGAUUUAAAGUAGAUGAGAGAGAUCCAACAGAGUGCAUUGGAGUAGAAGGUAUACUUAUAUAUUCAAAGAAUGUUGGUCUUCGUGGUCUAGAUGUUAACAAUCCAGUCACAGAGUUGGGAACAAGCCCUGAACUAUUAACACCUAUAUCUGAUAUUGGCAUGGCAACUCACUUAGAUUUCCAUGCCAUUCAGGAUUUACUGGUGUGGGCUGAUGAUGAUCAGGGCACAAUUACAAGCAUUCAUCGCAAUGGAACAAACAGACAUGUGAUAGUGGAAGAUGCAGAAGCGAUACAAGGUAUUGCAGUUGACUGGGUUGCUAACAAUUUGUACUGGACAAACCCACAGCUGAAUGUAAUAGAGAUGUGUCGUCUAAAUGGCUCAGACCACUUUGUAAUAAUUGCAAAUGAUUUGGAGAAACCAGGAGCCAUUGCUGUUCAUCCUGGCAGAGGUUACAUGUUCUGGGCUGACACAGGUGACAAGGUCAAAAUUGAACGGUCCAAUCUAGAUGGUUCAAACCGGACAGUUCUGGUGAAUACCUCACUUCAAUUUCCUGCUGAUUUGGUCGUGGACUACGAGGAAUCUCAUCUGUACUGGGUAGACCAGAGAGCCAAAACUAUUGAGAGAGUGGAUUUGGAUGGAUCUAACAGGAAGUUAAUCCUUGACAGUGAUACACUUGAAGUUCCUGUGGCUACAUUUAUAUUUGACAGAAAUAUCUAUUGGGCAGACAUGGUUUAUGGCGGUGGAUCCAUCAGGAGUGCUCCAAUAGAAAACUUGAGCCGCUUGUUAACAUUAAGGGACAGCUUGGGUGAUACUGUAAAGGAUCUGAUAGUGAUGAGCCUGGAUGUGCAGAAGGGAAUCAACCCUUGUGCCAAUAAUAAUGGAGGCUGUGCAGAGAUCUGUCUCUUCACAGGAGAGCGGGUCAAGUGCCAGUGUUACCAUGCACGCAUAGAUGAAGAUGGGAAGAGUUGCAAAGAAUAUGAUGCAUUCCUGAUGUUCUCCAGCAUUACAAGUAUUGACAGCAUCCACAUGUUUGAUGAGAAUAACCCAAAUGCUCCACUGAAGAAGAUUACGUCUGAUUUCAUGAAAAAUGCCAUCAGUCUCACCUUUGAUUAUGCCGAGAAGCGUCUCUUUUACUCUGACAUUCAGAGGGGAAGCAUCAACAGUGUUUACUUUAAUGGAACUGGGCAUUCUAUACUAAUUGAUAGACAGGGAUCUGUGGAAGGACUUGCAUUUGAAGAGAAAGAGAGAGACCUGUACUGGACUUGUCAGAGUGAUGCCAGUAUUAACCGAAUGAGCAUUGAUCCCUUUAGAACACAGCGAGUAGAAAAGAUUGUACAUCUUGACCCGGGAGACAAGCCUCGUGGCAUUGCUGUUGAUAGCUGCGAUCUACUUAUUUACUGGACAAACUGGAACUCAGAAGCCCCUUCCAUCCAGCGGUCCUUGGUCAGUGGCAUUCGAGUGGAAUCCAUUAUUACGACCCAAAUCCGGAUGCCCAAUGGCCUUGCAAUUGACCACAAAGCCCAGAAGCUGUAUUGGGGUGAUGCCCGCCUGGAUAAGAUAGAGAGAUGCAAUCUGGAUGGAUCGGAUAGAGUGAUUCUGUUGAAAAAUGUUCCAAGUCAUCCAUUUGAUUUGGCCAUAUAUGGAGACUAUUUAUUCUGGACUGACUGGGUGCUGCAUGCUGUUGUACGAGCCAAUAAGUAUACAGCUGAGGAUGUUGUUAAGCUUCGAACAGGAGUUACAAGACUAAUGGGCAUUGUUGCUGUUGCCAAUGAUACCAAUGACUGUGAUGGAAGUCCUUGUAGAGUCCUGAAUGGUGGCUGUGAAGAUAUCUGCACCCUAGACGAACGUGCCCAGGUUGUAUGCCGCUGCUCUCCAGGCAGGAUGCUCCUAGCGGAUGGCCGUCGCUGUGCUGUUCGCAUGGCCAAUUGCCCAGAAGAUCAGUUUGAAUGCAGCUCAGGGUUCUGCAUACCCUAUAGUUAUUCAUGUGAUGGUGUAGCCGAGUGUCCAGAUGGAUCUGAUGAAGAUGAGAAGUACUGUGUCAGCCGCACAUGCAGGGAUGGGUACUUCUCAUGCGGAAAUGGACCUUGUGUCCCUCUGCAGAGUGUCUGUGACAGACAUCCAAAUUGCCCCAACUUUCAAGAUGAGAAAAACUGUACCUGCACUGAGGAUGAGAUUCGAUGCGAGUCAUCUGGACUAUGUAUUGCGGCAGAUUUGAAGUGCGACCACGAUCCCGACUGCCCCGAUGCCAGUGAUGAAAUGGGAUGUGAGCAACCUGACUGUAGCAAGUUCUUAUGGGAAGGAUUUGAUAGCUCGGAAUUAAUCAACUGCCCAAAUACGACAAACUGCAUCCACCCAAAAUGGCUUUGUGAUGGGGCCAAUGACUGCUGGGAUAAUUCUGAUGAAAUGAACUGCACUACAAUGACAGCCCCAGCAGAGACGUCUUGUCCAGCUGGAACACAUCAGUGCCGAAAUGGACGGUGCAUUGCAGCAGUAUUUGUGUGUGAUGCCGAUGACGAUUGCAAGGACGGCAACUCUACCUUACCUCCCAGUGACGAGAUGUCUUGCAACUACACGUGUCUAGAGGGUCAGUUCACUUGUGCGGACGGAAACUGCAUACCUCAUAUCUGGCACUGUGAUACACACAAAGACUGCGCAGAUGGAUCAGAUGAACCAGAUGACUGUGCAAUCUUGGAGUGCGAAGAGGACGAGUUCAAAUGUAAUGGCACAGGGCGCUGCAUCCCUCAGAAGUGGGUGUGUGAUGGAGAUAAUGAUUGUGGUGAAGGUGCAUCAGAUGAAUACCCACCAGAAGGCUGUCACAUGUUCACGGGCGUUCCUUGUCUUCCCGGCCAGUUCAUGUGCCCAUUCUUUGAUCAAUAUGAACACCGCUGCUUGCCAGCUGACUUUUACUGUGAUGGGCAGGAGGACUGCUGGGACGGGAGCGACGAGCCCGAUGACUGCCCCACCAAAGUCUGCCCCGAUUCUCACCUAUCCUGUGAUAAUGGGAGCAAGUGUAUUCCCAGCGUGUGGAUUUGCAACGGAAGGGAGGAAUGCAAGGAUAAAUCGGAUGAAGCCAACUGCAAAUCCACCCUUGGAUAA